GCCUGUGUGUUGAGAAGGAAGUCAGAAGAGAGGAGCCGUGUGUGGGGAGGUUUGUUAGAACAGACGCCAAAGACCCACUUUCUAGAAGAGAGAAAGAACACCUGGAAAUAAGAUGCUGUUGUUGCCACUGGUGUUGCUCAUGGUUCUUGUCCCAGGUGGUGACAGUGACGAUGAUUUCCAGGAGCCGAUCUUCCGAGUCAUCCUGACCUCAUCCUUUUACAACCGUUGGUGGACACAGAAUCAGGGCUCAGCUUGGCUGGAUAAGCUGCAGACCCACGGCUGGAACAGCAAGACUGGAGCUUUCAUUUACCUGCGGCCUUGGUCCAGGGGCAACUUCAGUAAGGAGACCUUCAUGGACCUGGAAAAGUUAUUCCACUCAUACUCCAUUGGGUUUCUUCAGGUGUUUCAGGACCAUGUCAGUCAAUGGCGGCUUGAAUAUCCCUUCCAGGUACAACUGGUAGGAGGCUGUGAGCUGCGCUCUGGAGAAGGAUCAGCGGGAUUUGUGGAGAUUGCAUAUCAAGGAUCAGAUCUCAUGAGCUUACAGAACAUGUCUUGGUUUCCAUCUCCAAAGGAAGGCAGCAGGGCUCAGCAAGUCUGCAAACUAUUCAAUCGGUUCCAUGUGACUAGAGAAACCUUACACACAGUUUUCAGUGACACCUGUCCCCUUUUCCUCUCGGGUCUCCUUGAUGCAGGGAAGGCAUAUCUGCAGCGACAAGUUAAGCCAGAGGCCUGGCUGUCACGUGGCCCCAGUCCUGGUCCUGGCCGUCUGCUGCUGGUG